CGUAACCUAAAAAAUUCACUUCGUCCCAACGUCAGUGGAUUAUCAUUAAUUUUUCACUGUCCAUCAAUAAAUAAUGGAUGGAGAUAUAUUUUCACCAUGAUCGAUGAUUAAUUACAACCUAAAUCGGUAUUUUUUUGGUUAGAGAUAAACUCAAUAUAUCUUCUCAACUAUCCACAACUAUGCACUUCAAUGACGUCAGAAAAUCGCCAUUUUAUUUCAAUCCCCCUGUCAAUGUUCCACCGAACCCCAAAAAAAAUCGUGUGCAGUAUUGAUCUCCAAUUAAUUAACGAUAUUUCGAGUGAUCGAGGCACUGAGCUAGUGCAGAAGCUCAACCAUCAUCAGGAAGACGUGAUUUUCUCCUUGAAAGGAUGAUGAAUCGUCCUGGAAACGCACAAAUGGCACCAGCAGGCUCAGGUAUCCCCCAGAAACGCCAGAAAUUAUCAAAAAAAUGCAGCUACACUUCCUGGGAUUGCUCUGGUCAGGCCCUGGAGGGAUAUUCCCUCUGCCAAAAACACAUCCUCUACGAUCCAACAUCUCCUUAUAAACAAUGCGCAUUUGUUUACAACACGAGUGCCAAGAGAUGCUUCAAUCCAGCCCCCAGGAUGGACAGGAGAGAUGUUGCUUAUUGCCCUGAACACACGAGAAAAGCCCUCAUUGCCAGGAUGAAGUCAACCUCGAAGGGAGUUUUGCCUGAAAAUCCUGAGAGGUAUCUCCUCAAUUUAAAACACUAUGUGGGAGAUAAAUCUGGAGACAGGGGUAAAAUAAAGCCAUUGGAUCCAUUCGCUGAGAUUGAUGCAUCAAAAGCAAAUUCAAGUUGCUGUGAUAUCCUGGACUACGCCAGUUCCUCGGAUAGCGAUGUGGAGCCGACCCUGGCCUCAGAAGCUCUGAGAGGAUCAUUUCUCGAUGACAGUGACAGUGAGUCCUUGAGCAGUUUCAAUGAAGAUCCACUCAAGCACGCUGGGAUAUACACCGCUGAAGAGGGUAUUUACAUUGCUCGUGAGAAACUCAUAAAACUCCAGUCCCUCUACAUCGAUCAGUUCAAGAGACUCCAGUACAUGUUGAGAGAAAAAAGAAGAAAGUACCUCCACGCCAUAAAAACGGAAAAGGAAACGCUCUGUAGCAUUUACAAUCAACCAAAAGAUACCCCCAAAGAGAAGAAGAUUUAUGAUAAACUGAAGGCGCUGAAUGGUUAUCACCGUAAAAGUGGAGUCGAGGCGAUUCUAUACAGAAAAUCCAUCGAGCGACGAGUGAAAUGCACCGAGGGACUUCCUCACAAGCCCCCAAGUGUCCCAAAGUGCAUCUUCACCGAGGGUGGAGUCAAGUGUGGAGAGAGAACACUUCCUGCUGCCAAACACUGCAGAAAGCACAUCCUCAAGGACGAACGUCAGGUGUUGUUCAAAGCUUGUGGAGCGAAACGCGCUGAUAUAGCCUGUCACGAGCCAGUGCCUGUUGUCUUCGACUGCAACUGCGUAUUUCACAUGGAUUUACCCACCCCCAUUACCCUGGAGCCCAUGAAAUUCGUGAAAGACACACAGAAUUCCGAGCCAAUGGGGUCUGACGUUCAUCCUAUGGACAUCGAUGUUGUCAGUAAUAAUCCGGAGAUCGAUCCCGAGGAUGAUAUGGCUGGGCUGAUGAGGGAGAUGAGUGAUCCUCUUCAGAAGAAACAGAGCUUCAACGAGAGCAUCACUAGUGAAACCAGCACUGAUACUGCAUUUAGUAUGAAUGCUCAGUGCAGUGAUAAGGAUGACUCGUUGGUCACCUGAGGCACUUAUUUAUUAUUCAAUCGAUUAUCAUUGAUUUAAGAUGUGGUGGUCAGUUGCCAAUAUUGUAAUUCAAGGAUUAAUAAAGUUUUUUAUGGAGUUA